UUUAUUUUUCAAGACAUAGGUGGCGUAAAGUUUAAAUUGAAUAAAAAUGUAAACACGAAAUAAAGUUCACUGGCUGUGUUGUUAUUAACCCAUUUAUCAAUAUGCUGAUUGACCAACGAUGAUACAAAAUACGUGUUGAUGAAGAAGAAGGUUGAGGUGGAAUAAAUCGAACAAAGACUGAUUCAAAGAUUGAUGUUAGUUAGUGACCAUUUCGAUGCGCUGUUGAACGAUGGUGGAACAUGCAACAAAAAACUGGAAACGAAAAUUGGAACGAGUUUUUUAAUUAUUAUUUGAAUGGUAUUUUGACAAAGAAACAAUGUAUCAAGUCUGGUGCAGUUUCGAUCUUUUUCCAGAGAAAUUUAAAGCUAAACUGGAUAUCCUUGUGCCAGCAUGAAACCACCUUUCCUAGAAGUGAAAGAUUUUUACUUUGUAACUGUAACUAUUUUGUUAUUGGUUGAAAUAAUCUCGCUUUCCAUGGUUUAUUAAUGUUUUUCAGAUUUAAUAUGGCUUCAAAAUCAGUGUCCUACUUGGGUCUUCAGCUAACUUCGUGUCCAGUACGAAGUUUCAAUACAGUGAGGAAGUUAACCUUACUAAACAAAGAUUUUCUCGAAGUAACUUUAUCAUCGUCUUUACAAACUAAUUUGGUGACAAUAGUGAAGAAAGUAACGAAAAAUGCUGAAAUCGUAGAUCAAGUUGAAUAUUCAUUCAUAAUACGAGUAGUUCCUUGAAAAAUAAACAUUUAUCAAGCCUAAUGCAGUUUGAAUAUUUACGUCUCCAGAAAUCGCAGAGCAAAACUGGAUAUCCUUGUGAGAGCAUAAGAGCUCCUUCCAUAGAAGUGAAGGUUUCUUUACUUUGUUGCAUUUAAAAUGGCUUCGAAAUCAGUGUCAUACUUGGGUCGUCAGCUAACUUCGUAUCAAGUCCAAAAUGGAAGUUUCAAUACAGCAGUAAGGAAAUUAACUAAUAUUGCUGCAACUGAUCUUAAGCCUUUUAGUGAUGUGCCUUCUUUAUCAAAAAUACCAUACGUUGGCUCAAUGCAUCAUUAUGUUCCAGCUCUUGGUGGUUAUGAUAUUGCUAAAGUACAUGAAUUUGCCGAGAAAAAUUAUUAUAAAUUAGGCCCGAUUUAUAAAGAAGACUUAAGGGCUCUAAAUGCUCCGGGGGACUUCGCCUUUUGGCUUAGUGAUGCUGAUGAUAUUGAAAAGGUUUACAGAUCUGGAGGUAAAUUUCCGAUAAGAGGAGGCUUUGAUUCUCUUGCUGUUUAUCGUAAAACGCGACCUGAUGUCUAUAAAGCUCUAGGUCUUUUAAUCUUAAAUGGUAAAGAUUGGCAUACUUUUCGUUCAAAAAUUCAACCAGUCUUAUUACAACCAAGAGUUAUUAGUAAUUAUAGUAACUCGAUUUCUUCAAUUGCUGAUGAAAUGAUCAAUGUAAUACGCCAAUCAAGAGAUGAAAAGACAUUGGAAAUAGCUGACCUUGGUCCAGAGUUAUAUCGAUAUACUUUGGAGUCAAUUGCUUUUAUUGCACUUGAUAAAAGAUUAAAUUGUUUGAGUGAUUAUGGUACUACACAACGGAAUAUAGUUGCCUCUGUUAAAGAGUUGUUUCAUUUAGAAGCUACUCUCAAUGAAUCUUUCCUAUGGCGUAUUAUUGGUAGACCUUAUGGAAAAAAUUGGAAACGAUUCAUGCAAAUUAACGAUGAAUUUACAUCAAUGGUUUUUGAAUUUGUUCAAGAAAAAAUAAAGCAAUUAGCAUCUGAACCUGUUAAAAAUCCUGAAGAUGAUGUCAGCGUUCUUGAACUUUUCUUAAGUCGACCUGAUUGUACACCUGAAGAUGCUGUUACGAUGACAAUGGAUAUGUUUUAUGCUGGAAUCGAUACGACAGCUCAUUUGAUUUUGUUUACUUUACAUCAUUUGGCUAAUCACUCUGAUUUCCAGGAGAGAGUCUAUCAAGAAAUAAUGGAUUUAUCCAAUGGAACUGGUCACCUUGAUUCAGAACAAUUAUCAAAUUUAACUUUUCUAAAGGCUUGUAUCAAAGAAACCUCUAGACUUACACCAGUUGUACCGAUUUUAAUGCGUAUUAGUCAGGAACCAAUCGCGUUAUCUGGUUAUGCAAUCCCUGCACGCAGUUUUUUGAUUUUAAAUCAUUAUACUGUUCAUCAUCGGCCAGACUAUUUUACUGAUCCUUUAAGUUUUAAACCAGAUCGAUGGGCUAGGAAAAGCCGAGAAGAAAUUAAAGCUCAUCUGUUCGCUGUGUUACCAUUUGGACAUGGACCACGAAUGUGUAUCGGUCGACGAAUUGCUGAAUUAGAAACUCUAUCCUUAUUGAGUAAAAUAAUUUACAAUUUCAAAGUAACGGCCAAACAUACUGAAUUGCCUCUAUCAUUGAAGAUAAUUUCAUAUCCAGACAAUAAGAUGACAUUUACUUUUAAUGAAAGACAGAGAUAAUGAUUGUCAAAGAAUAUAAUGUGAAAUAUUAUAUUAAUUUCAAGUCAAGAGUUAUUAAUUCAUAAAAUUAUCCUACUAAAUUUUAAUGCAUUCUAAUACAUGUAGAAUGAUUCUAUGAAGGAAUGGCACUCUUGUAAUCAAUUGUUUAUAAUGUAUCUGUAUGGCAUGAAGAUUACUAUAAAAAAGAUAUAAAAAUCAUCAUCAA